AGAGACACUGUAUAUAGGUCAGCAACCACAGUUACUCAGCAUUGUCCCUCAGCUCAGCUCAGCUCAGCUCAGCUCAACACAGUUGAAGAGCCUGUUCUGUUUUGGCUCUGGCAACCCACAAGUUAGAGGCCAGUUACAGUCAAGUUGACACUCGUUGGUGUCAGAAGUGGAACUGGACACAGUACAGGACCAAGUAAACUUUCUGGUAACAGUGGGAGUGGACUAGGCACUACUGGAGAUUUGUUUCUCCAGCAUCUGACCCCACCCUCAACUGGAGCCCCCAGGCCUGGACACGAUCGCCCUGAAGGGUUUGUGAGGAUGCAGCCUUGACCAUCCAUCCCUUCUGUGAACUCAUCCCCUCCAGAAACCCAGAGACUCAGAGACCGGCCUCCUGAAAUCACGCCAGGAUACCUCCACUAUUUUGGGUUUUCUACCUAUCCAAAAUGUUUUUUGGCAUGAAUGGACCUCUUUGUGCAUGGGGCUGGAGGAAUGAAUGUAAGUUGGAGUAGAUGGGACAUCCUUAAGGGAUCCUCAGGCUCUUCUUUCCAUAAAGGAGAUCUGGUCAAGGUGUGAUGGAGAUUCUCAGUCCUUUGAGAGCCUGUCUCUCCAACUCUUUCAUUGCCUUCUUCCUCCUCCUCAUGAUGCCCAAAAUGGCAUUAGGACAGUUCUCAGUGAUUGGACCUGCAGGACCUAUCCAGGCCUCACUUGGGGGAGAGGCAGAGUUACCAUGUUACCUGUCCCCACCUCAGAGUGCUCAGCACAUGGAGGUGGUCUGGUUGCAAUCCACUCGGAUGGUACAUCUCUAUCGAGAUGAAAAGGAUCAGUUUGGAGACCAGGACCCUGAUUACCAAGGGAGGACGGAGCUGGUGAGAGAUGCUAUCACAAGUGGGAAUGUCACCCUGAAGAUACUGGAGGUGAAAUUUUUGGAUGCAGGAAAGUAUAUGUGUCUCAUUACAGAUGGUUAUCACCACGAGCAAGCUGAAAUGGAGCUGAAGGUCUCAGGUGAUGAACCUGAGACACCGGCUGUGCCGAUAGCACCAUUUAUACUCCUUAUUGCCAGUUUGGUCCUGCCUUCUUUAACGUAUUUGUAUUUGCUUCUGUUUUCCCAAGGAUAUCUUUUCAGGUCAGUUCCCUGGCUAUGUGAGAUCAAUGGACUCCUGGCUGUGACUUUGGCAUUUGAGGUUGAAAUGAUCCUUUGUUACCUGUGGUUACAUCAUAGAUGUCUAGGGUAUCUUCAUGAGCAAGGAGCAUUUUCUGAUAACGGUAGAGGUAUGGCGAUAAUUAUGGUGCUUCUAACAUUAAGGACUGUGUCAAUACUCUUAUUAAGAAGGUUGCUACCCCAGAGGUCUCCAGGGAUGACAAUGAGGUGACUACAUGGAAGCUUGGGGCAGUGCUGCAGCCAGCUAUGGAUGAUUGAUCUCUGAAGGAUUUGCAAUGCUGAGCCAGAACAGAUGAUGCCUCAUCAAAUGCACAAAAAUCAAGCUACUAACCUCCUUGACUCUCUCUUCCAUUCUAGCCUUGAAGCUUAAGGUCUCUUUAAUGUUGCAAUAAGAGAAUGAGGUUGGAGAAGGGAUGAUUGCCCUGUUUUCCACCCACACUCCAUUAUCUAUAAUUGCAUGGCAGCUCUAACUCUUGUGUGUUUAUUCUGUCCUGAUUUUGCCAAAUAAGUUCCCCCCUGCUGGAUUUGUCAAGUGGGUACUGAGUGGGACCUUGCAAUUUGAAAGGUCUGAAAUUCCUGAGUUCCAGUGAGCAAUUGGAUGUCAAAAGGGACCAUUUCUGCAUCAGAGAAGAGGCCACCAGAUAGAUGUCUGACCCAAGCUUGGCAUUUGAUCGGACAACGUCAGAGGUGAAAUGUAAAGUGCCCACAUAAUAUAUCCCAAACUGCCUUAUAGGGCAGCUAGAUGGCACAGUAGAUAGAGUGCCAACUCUGAAGUUAGGGAGACUCAUCUUUAUGAGUUGAAAU